UAGGCCCUGAUUUGGUUUAUUUUGGUAGACAAGGGCAAAUGGUCCAGUUAAAGUUGUUUUUGGGACGAAAUGGCAAGGUUUUUGAGAGCUAACGUUAGGAGUCUCCUCACCACACAGCUAAGGAUGGCAUCUGACCAGGUAAAAAGGCACCACAUAUGAUUAGACCACCACGUUUCGCUGCUAAUACAGUCUAAAGUUACAAUGAAACGAGUGGUAUUCAAUUGUCAAGUGAUUUCGCUAUGGCCUUCGACUAUUUGUAAUGCUCUUGUUAUUAUCUAUUCUAAUGUUGCAAUGUUUAGCUGGUAUUUGGAACGUUCUUAUACAAAUUGUAGCAAACGACUAUACUGACGCCCGUUCUAUGAAGCGAAAUAGCUUUGUAAGCAGCUCAAUAUAUCAAGUUAGUUGAAAGCCAAGUAAACAUUUUUCGAGAAAGAUACACCUCGGUCUAAUGUGUGUAUGGAAUUUGGUUGAAUGCAUCCAUCUAUGAAUGGUUAUUGAAGCAAGUCUCUGAUGCUACAGUUGUUGCACACAAUGGUCAGAGUUUUUUUUUAAAGCCAUUGUUGACAUUCUCUGGUAAAUUCUGUUGGUAUUUUCAGUCAACAUUAAAGGGGGAAGUUUUUCAUUGGGACAUGAAAAUCAGUGUAUGAAUGAUUUGAGGCUACAUAGCCUAACCUUUCGCAAUGAAUGACAUAAUAGAUUACAGUGUUCCACGUGCAAAAAGCUCCCUACUUCAAUACGUGCUUUAGCUAAUUCAGCUGCAUGUCAUGUGACACAAUUCAUGAGGAUAACCAAUAGAGAUGUACAGAGGACUCAACUUGGAAAUAACCUGUUUUAGCAUGGACAUUGCCAUUGAGGGCUUCCACCAUUUUAAAGUAGUAAACUGGACUGAGAUUUCUAUGGUUUGGGUGCAAUCAGCCAUGAUCAGAGCAUUGUCUUCUUUAAAUUGGGUGCUAUGGUUUGUAAAUGGCUUUACCACCACCAUCUAGUGGCCACAACAAAUGAAUGACACGAUUUGGUUCAGGACUCCAGCAUUGCAGCUGGCAGUAAAUCACCAAUAUUAGCUUUACACUUUUUUCAAACAUAGAAAGAUAAUUGACUACAUUAAAAUGGAGGUAGCCUCAUUGGCGCUGCCCAUGCUGUCAGACGCCAUAAUGGCACAGAUGCAAAGAUGAUACCUCUUUCCAUCUCUGUGAUAACCCUUUACUUCUAUAUACUGUAUGCUGAUAACAGCCUAGCCUUUACCAUUGUAAAACGAAAGCUUUAUGCAAUGUGGAGGUCAUAGUUUUUUUUCUCUAACAAAAGUUGUGUAUAACACAACAUACCAAUCUCAUACAUGUUUCUUUGUAGGAGUAUCUUGUUAUUCUUAUAUGUUCACCUGUUGAUUCAUCUUCAUGUACCAGCUGGGUGAGUUGGGCAAAGGUGCAGGGAAAGGAGGAGGUGGCGGAGGAUCUGUCAGAGAGGCAGGAGGAGCCCUCGGAAAGAAACAGGCAGCAGAGGAGGAAAUGUACUUCAGGUGAGUUGGGACUUACAGUAUACUGUACGUCCAAUAGGUGGUAGACUUAUUUGGUUGCCAAAAUUGACACGGUAUAUUUACUUAUAGAGGCUUUGUGGCAGUCUGCCGGGCCUGUAUUCAUACUGUGUGUCCUCAAUGUACCUCACACUUUCCUAUCUCCCUCUACAGACGUAAAGAGCAGGAACAGUUGGCUGCACUAAAGCAGCAUCACCAAGAGGAGAUUGACCACCACAAGAAGGAGAUUUCGAGGCUGCAGAGUGAGAUUGACCGUCACAAGGGAAAAAUUAGGAAAUUGAAGCAUGAUGACUGAGACUCACUCCAUUAGAAUAAAGGCCAGGGAUUCACUAUUGCCAAACCCUAGUCAUUGCCUGCACUGUCUCUCUGAGCAGCUCUGUGUAUGUGUGAUUGAUUGUUCUGUAUAUGCUUGAGGGUAUUAAACAUUUAUUUGAAAUGGUUA